AUGACUUGGAAAAAGAAAAAGCGAGGUGGAAACAAGAAAAAUCGCCAAGAGGCGCCGCGAGAAAGAGAUAAUACUAAAAGUCUCUUUGAUGAUAUUGUUAGAGAGAAUGAAAAUUUUGAAGCAUUUUACAAGGCACAAAAUAUUAUACCUGAAACAGAAUGGGAAAGGUUUAUGGAAGUAAAUAAAAUUACUCUUCCUACUUCUUUUCGUAUUACCGGGAGUCGAAGUAAUGCAUUUGAAUUACGUAAUUUAAUGAUAAAUGUUCACGUUCCAGAAUUGAAUAAAAUUCAAUUUGGUAGUGAUAACAGAUCUGAAGCACCGAGGCCUUUACUUUGGUACCCGGAUGGGCUUGGGUGGCAACAUUCCGCACCAAGGAAUACAAUUAAAAAAAAUCUUGUUUUUCAAAACUUUCAUAAAUGGUUGGUUGCAGAAACUGAAGUGGGAAAUAUUAAUCGUCAGGAGGCAGUUAGUAUGAUACCACCUUUAUUCCUAGACGUUAAACCUGGUCACUGGGUGCUUGAUAUGUGCGCAGCUCCAGGAUCAAAAACUGUACAAAUAAUAGAAGCAGUGCAUGCAAAUGACUUGCAAGACAAGACAAUUCCUUCUGGUCUCGUCAUCGCAAAUGAUGCUGAUAUGAAACGAAGUUGUAUGCUUGUACAUCAGGCUAAACGCUUGAAAAGUCCAUGUUUAAUAGUAACUAAUCAUGACGCAGCACAAUUUCCUGGUGUAUACGUGAAACAGGGGUUAAACGAGGAAAAAAGACCAAUUCAAUUUGAUCGUAUCUUAGCAGAUGUUCCAUGCAGUGGUGAUGGAACACUACGAAAAAAUUUUUUGAUUUGGAAAAAUUGGGGCGUAGGAAGUGCAAUUGGACUUCAUUAUACUCAAGUAAAAAUUUUACUUCGUGGUGCACAACUUGCAAAAGAAAAUGGUCGAAUAGUAUACUCAACAUGUUCAAUGAAUCCUCUUGAAAAUGAAGCAGUAGUUGCGGAGGUUUUAAGACGAUCCAGAGGAAAUUUACAUCUUGUAGAUGUUUCCGACCAAUUACCGCAAUUAAUAAGAGCACCAGGAGUUACAUCAUGGAAGGUAAUGAGUAAAGAAAAUAAAUGGGUUGAUAAAUUGGAAGAUAUAAAUCCAAAGUAUCAGAAAAAAUAUGAGAAGUCACUUUGGCCGCCUCCAGACGUAGAUCAACUCAACCUGGAAAGAUGGCAAGCUCACACUGUUAUUAUCAUGCGGAUAUAUCCUCAUUUUCAAGAUACUGGUGCAUUUUUCGUUGCAGUAUUGCAAAAGACAGGCCCAAUAACUGACAUAAGCUCUAUAAAUAGUUCGAUGUCAAAUAAAAACACAUGUGACACGAAAGAUGUUUCAAUUGAUGAAGCUAAUGAAAAUGACAAUCAAAACUUUAAUGAAGAAAUUGAUAUAUCCAAUGAGACUAAUAAAAAUGACAAUCAAAACUUUAAUGAAGAAAUUGAUAUAUCCAAUGAGGCUAAUAAAAAUGACAAUCAAAACUUUAAUAAAGAAAUUGAUAUAUCUAAUGAGGCUAAUGAAAAUGACAAUCAAAACUUUAAUGAAAAAAUUGAUAUAUCUAAUGAGGCUAAUGAAAAUGACAAUCAAAACUUUAAUGAAGAAAUUGAUAUAUCUAAUGAGACUAAUGAAAAUGACAAUCAAAGCUUUAAUGAGGAAAUUGACAUAUCUAACGAGCAAGAUGGUGCAAUAAUUGUUGAUCCGUCAACUAAUGAUACUUUAGAUAAUUAUUACGUAGUUCCUGUAAAAAGACAUAACGUUGACUCGUCUAGACAUAAAUCACAUAAAUGCCCAAAAGUCGAAAAGCCUGAAACAGAAACAAAACCUGACGAUGAAGAUCAAGAGACGGGAACACAAAAACGAGCGUGCGAGGAACCUUUUAUUUUUUUGGAUCCAGAUUAUUCUGAUAUCUCAAAGAUCAGAGAAUACUAUGGAUUAUCUCAUGAAUUUCCAACAGAUCAGUUACUUGUUCGAUCUGUAAAUGAGAGAAACAAGAUACUGUAUUUUGUGUCUGAAUCUGUUAAACAAGUUUUACAGGCACCCGAUUGUCAUCGAUUAAGGGUAGUAAACUCGGGAAUAAAAAUAUUUACUCGACAAGAAACUAAUGAACCGAUAAAAUGUGAAUUUCGAUUUAAUUCAGAAGGCUUAGUAAUGAUAUAUCCUUAUAUAUCCAAAAAAAGAGUGGUAAAUUUUAGUUUAGAAGAUCUUAAAAUAUUACUGUCAGAACCUACACCACUUAUAGAUCGAUUUGAUGAAAAAAUUCAGAGGAGGCUGAAGGAAUUAGAUAUGGGGUGUAUAAUUGUUUAUAUUGAUCCAUGUAAAGAACGUGAUGCGAUUAUAUUGCCUGUUUGGCGAGCUGCGGUAUCUCUAAAUUUAUUAUGUCGAAAGGAAGAACGAAGAGCAUUGGAGUUGAGAGUUUCAAAUUUUCAUCAAUAA